CCACGGCGACGGCGGCAGCAGCAGCAGCAGCAGCAUGUCGGCAGUGGUGGCACAGCCCGUGGCCGUCUUCGGCUGCCGGCCGCGGGUCGCCGGCGGUGUCUGCUUCUUGGAGGACCAGGUCGUGCUGCACGCAGCGGGAGCGGGCUGCCUCCGGUUCCACCUCGAGCAGAAAUGGCACAAGUUCAUCCCAGGCACCGAGAAGAGCCGGGGCGUGCAGGCGCUGGCCGUCAGCCCCGACCGGCGGUACCUGGCGGUCUCGGAGAGGGUGGCGGAGCAGCCGGUCCUGACGGUCUACGAGCUGUCAUCGGUGCCGGCGCGGCGGCGGAGGACGCUGGCCGCCGCCGAGCUGCCGGCGCGGGAGGCGGUGUCCCUGGCCUUCUCCCCCGACUGCCGGUACCUGGCGGCCGCCACGGCCCCUCCCGAGGGGCACCUCACCUACUGGCUCUGGGAGAAGCAGCGGCUGGUGGCAGCGGUUCGCGUCGAGUCCCCGGGCAGCGGCGUCUGCCAGGUGAGCUUUAGUCCUCAAGACAAUGCACAGGUUUGUAUCACUGGAAAUGGCUUUUUUAAACUUUUUAAGUACAGUGAAGGAACUUUGAAGCAGAUGAAUUUGCAAAAGGGAGAGCCGCAAAACUACUUGUGCCAUGCCUGGCUGUCCGAGGAGGAAGUUAUAUGUGGCACUGACACAGGCAAACUUACCUUGUUUGAAACUGGAGAGCUGCAGUGGGAGACAAGUGUAGAGUACAAAAAACCACCCAGGGAACUAGAAGAAUAUGCAACAACAAAAGAACAUGACAGCUCUUCUGAUGUCUCUUGUGGACUGGCCAAUGAAGAUAAUGGUUCACAACAGGAUUCUUUGCCUCAAAUAUCUGCAGUUGCAGCUUAUUCCAAAGGCUUUGCAUGUUCAUCUAGCCCAGGAGUUGUUCUUCUGUUUGAGAAGACCAAGGAAAAGGAAGUCUACAAGGAGAGUCAAGAAAUCUGGCUUCCUCAGGACCUGUUCAGCAGUGAGCCAAAACAGUCAGGCAGACAGGACAUUAUAUGUAUAUGCUUCAGCCCCUCCGAGGAAACGAUGGUCAUUAACACAAGUAAAAAUCAGCUUUACAUGUUUACCAUGCUCACCGCCGAUCUUAUGAAGGAGAAGGCAGCUUAUUUUGCGUAUCUGAAUUUCCCAUUGCAUUCUGCUUCAAUCACUGGUCUAGACGUCUGUAUUUGGAAACCCAUUCUUGCUACUUGUUCCCUGGAUAGAUCUGUCCGCAUCUGGAAUUACAAGACGAACACUUUGGAGCUGUGUAAGGAAUAUCGGGAGGAAGCAUACACAGUAUCACUUCAUCCCACUGGCCUUUUCUGUUUGGUUGGGUUUUCUGACAAACUACGAUUUAUAAGUCUACUGUAUGAGGACAUGCAUGUUUUCAAGGAGUUUGCUGUGAGAAAGUGUAGAGAGUGCUCAUUCAGUAACAGAGGACAUCUUUUUGCUGCAGUUAGUGGAAAUGUGAUUCAAAUUUAUUCCAGCAUCACCUUUGAGAGUAUUAAUAAUCUGAAAGGACAUAGUGGGAAGAUACAUGCAGUUAAAUGGAGCGCAGAUGAUGCUAAAUUUUUCUCCUGUGACACCCAUGGUGCUGUGUAUGAGUGGAACUUGUUGACAGGUAAAAGGGAGUCAGAAUGUGUGCUCAAGUCCUGCAUCUACAGCAGCAUUGCCCUGUCUUCUGAUGCCAAAAUCAUCUUUGCUGUUGGAUCUGACCAAACUCUCAAAGAAAUUUCAGAGUCUUCGAUCCAGCAUGAAAUGCCUGCUUUUGGUGUUGUUUAUACUGCAGUAGCUGUUUCUCAUUCCGGGCACAUGGUAUUUGUUGGUACAUCUCUGGGGACAAUUCGAGCUAUGAAAUACCCAUUACCUGUGACGAAGGAUUUCAAUGAGUAUCAGGCCCAUGCAGGUGCUGUCACAAAGAUGUCCAUAACAACUGAUGACCUAUUUCUGCUGACUGCCUCAGAGGAUGGCUCUAUAUUUAUCUGGAAAGUGUGUGAUAAAGGAGGUCGGAUACUGAAAUGGGAAAAGGAAGUUGAGUACGCUGAAGAAGUGCUGAUCAUGAGAUCAGAUAUAGAAGAAAAGAGUCAGGCAAUGCUAGACCUGCAGAUUCGUGUGAAAGAGCUACAGACAGAAAAUUAUUAUCAGCUACGUCUCAAGGACAUGUACUGUAAUGAAAAAAUAAAGGAAUUAGAAGAGAAUUUCACUCAGGAAAUAGGCUCCCUUCAAACCAAACACCAGAUUUUACAGGCAGAGAAAGAAAAACAGGAGCUACAACACCAGUUUCAACUGUCUGAGCUGAUGAAUAAACAGGCCAGGGAGGUGCAACAGCUAGAAUCUGACAGUAAUCAGAAGCUCUUAAUGGAAAAUGAGAAAUACCAGGAGCUGCAAGUGAAAUCCCAGAGGAUGCAGGAGGAAUACGAGAAACAAUUGCACAAUUUGGAGGAAAGCAAAAGCAAGGCUGUGAAGGAGCUAACAGAAUAUUAUGAGGAAAAACUUAAUGAGAAAUCUGUUCUGCUGGAAGAGGCACAGGAGGAUAUGAGGCAGCAGCUUCAAGCACAUGAAGAAAUUAAGAAACAGAUUGAAGAAGAUGAAGACCGAGAAAUCCUGGAAAUGAAAAUCAAGUAUGAGAGACGGCUCGUGGAACAAAAGGAAUCAAACCUGCAACUGAAAGGAGAAAUAGGAGUCAUGAAUAAAAGGUUGAACAGCCUACAGAAAGAGCUCAAGGAGCGAAACAGGGACAUUGAGGAAAUGAAACUGGAACAGCAGAAGCUGCAUGGCAUCAUUAAGUCACUGGAGAAGGACAUCUUAGCACUGAAGACAGAGAUUCAAGAGAGAGCUGACACUAUCCAAGACAAGGAGAAGCAUAUAUAUGAUCUAAAAAAGAAAAAUCAGGAACUGGAAAAGUUCAAGUUUGUACUGGAUUACAGAAUAGAGGAGUUGAGGAAGCAAAUAGAGUCACGUGAAAAUGAUAUUAAAACAAUGAAGGAGCAGAUCCAUGAGAGGGAGGGAGAGCUGGAACGAUUCCACAAGGAGAGCACACAGUUGAAGCUGAACAUCACACAACUGCAACAGAAACUAAAGGCAACUGAUUGCGAGAUGCAUAGAGAGAGGCAGAAGAAGCAAAAUAUGGCAGCUGUCAUCAAACGAUUUAAAACAGAUCUUCAUAAUUGUGUGGGCUUCAUUCAGGAUUCAAAAAAAAUGAAGGAUGGGAUCCAUGAGCUCUAUGCCAAGUACGUGCAGCAAUCAGACAUGGUGGAAACUGAAGCAGUAGACACAGAUUUGCAGCAGGAGUACCUGAGACAGCGAGAGUAUCUUGAGAGGAAUUUGGCAGCUUUAAAAAAGAAGGUGGUAAAGGAUCAGGAAAUCCACCGAGCUGCUUACAUGCGCAUCAUGCAGGAAAAUGUGAGUCUGAUUAAGGAAAUUAAUGACUUGCGGCAAGAACUGAAGGUGGCCCACACCCAGGUACAUGAUCUCCGGUCAACACUAAGGUUAACCAAGAAAAAGCAAGCAAUUCAAGACACAGCUCCCUGCAGUGAAGUGCAAUCCAGCCCAGCUGUCCUGAGAUUGAAUGCAGAGAAGGAAAGUGAGAAAAUCAUAGAAAUGCAGCAGCUAGAAAUUCAAUACCUGCGAGACCAAAUCCAGGAGAAGGGGCAAGUCCUUGCAGUUCAGCCUCUCUUAGGUGGAAAUCUUCCUAAGCUGAAUUUGGAAAGGAGCCACAAGACACAGCAACAGUGACCUGGUUCAAGGAUGCCUUACAUUAUUAUAUUCUCCUGGCAAGAUCAGAAAUGUAACAGCAUAGAUUAGACUUCCAUGAUCCUAUACUCUUCCAAUAGAAGCAUUUGUGCAGCACUCACCGCUCUGAACACAAGGCACCAACCUUCACUUCCUUCUACUUUCCUGGAAUCUGCCCUUUCCAUGAGGCCUAGGAGCCAAGAGAAAAAGAAUAAAUUUGUGUUAGUGCAAGACUGAUCUUUGUGCCUUCAUGCUAGGGCAGGUACGCCCCUUUCUCUUGAAAAAUAAUGUGUCCCACUUCAGAAGAGCUGCUCAAACUCUGUAAGCCUUUUCUGCUAGAAUUUUAAUUUGAUGUCAUUGUGCUGCAAAAAAUCAACAUCAGCCUUUUAUUUUCUAGUAUUGAAUUGCCUAGGUCCAUACAAAGGAUUGCCCGCACUUAAGACAGAUGUUAGUGUUAUUUCAAGCAGGUAUCAAGUCACAGACUAAAGACGAAUGGUCAAGCACACCUGAGCUUGCCCUGUUGUCUCAUCUGUUACAAUCAUUUCAGCAGGACAAAAAGGCAGCCCAGUUUCAGACUCCAAAAUCUGGAAUAAAGUCCAAAGCUUAUGUCACAGCUCUACUUUGAUAAAUUAAUCUUUGCUUGUCUUUUUUCCAACAUCUGCAAUCCCUUUAGUUCAGUUUUUCAGUGAAAUUCUCCUAAAAAGUCACUCUGCAAAGUACUCAUGUAUAGAAAAUGACAGGGAGUAAUUUCUUUAAUAAAGAGGAGGAAAAAAGUAAUUUUGUGUGUAUGACACACUGUCUCACUGAGGAAUACUUCACAUACAUCAGAAGUUUAAGCUACUGAUUGAGCAUGGAACUAUAUGGUAUUAUAACAGCCAGUACAUUACUGAUUCCAUUUCCUAUCCUGAUUAUAGAGCUGACAAGUGUUUUCUACAUACUGCUACUACUAAUAUUAUACAGAAGAUGGUGGUGCCAAGGCUGGAUAACAUGUAAGCUAUAUUAGCAUUAGGGAAACUAGACUAAUUUCCAGGCUAACACCAUGGCAAAACAGAUGGUUCCACGAGCUGCUAUGACCUGGGAGACUUCAGCUGAGUGCUUUGUCCAUGAACGUGGAAUUAAGUUUCUUUAGUCUGAUUUUGUUUUCAUUUUGCAGCUUUAACCUAUAUGAAGCAUAGGUUUCACAGGAAUAAAAGGAAGAAGUUACGAUGGAAUCGGUCUGUUAAUGUGCUAGCUUAACACCCUUUCUUCCUCCCCCCUCCCCAUUUAAUCAUCUUGAUACUUCCUGGGCAGAAAGAGGAUGUAAUUAAUGUAAUUAGCAAAUAUUUUAGAAACUAGUUCCCUCUUAAA